CCAUCAUCCAUCCACCCGUCUCGCCGUCUCCCUUCUCUAACUGCUUGUGCUUCAAGCAACCAAGCAACCGACCACCCACCACCCCCUAGUGCCCUGGCACCGCAAAACAUCCGAACUGUGACGAAUGCACACCUGCAUCUACCGUCCCUUACCGCACCCCAUCCAACCUUGCCAGACGCAUACCUACUCCGUACGGAUACACCACGCUUCGCCUACCUCUUCCACUUGGACUUGGUACACUCCAGUCUCCGCAUACAGAAUACUUCCAGCUAUAUCCAUGUCUACCACGCAGUCCAUACUCUGACGAUCCAAUUCGAACUAAUAAUACUUCUUAACCCUGCGCUCGCCCACUGCCAACACAACCUCGACCUGUGUUGCGCGCAUCUGCGGAUACCUCCUAAGCUAGCAGUCGCACCGUCGCCGUUUUCUCGUCGCUAGCACAAGACACAAGUGAACCACUUCACACACCACCACACCCUCACCCUCGUCCACGUCCUCGCUCUCGUCCUCCACCCCUCGCCCGUCGACGGCCGAUCACCGCCAUCCAUCCGGGGCCUAGCAAGUCCUAGGUCAGGGGAAGAUUGAGGGUAGCAUCCAUCGCCUCUUUCGGAGCAUCGUACCAACUUUCAAGGCCCGUCACUCUACCCCCCCAACAUUCGCCUACUCUAUACCCGGUCUCAAUACUACCACUACUAGUACGAAUACACGCUACCGACGACGGAUACUAAUACAUAAUCAAACCUUCCCGCGCACAUUUUCCCGUUCCUCGUGGCACUCUUGGCCCUUGAAUGCCCACCCGCCCAUGCCAAACGGGGGAAAACGGCAAAAGCACCACCAGAGAAAAAAGCAACCUGAACAGCUGCCCACUUCAGAAAAGAAACAUUGCUGCAACGUCGUCCGCUAACACCUGACACCACCCCCCAAAAGACCCAAAGAAAGGGUCCAAAAGGGGACUCGCUCGAGUCUUCAUUUCGGCCACUCAUUACUCGGUUGGGACUCGUUCACCCCCGGGAGACAAAGCCGACCCGCGACACCGAAGUUCGAACCCGGCCUUGUGGACAUUGCGACGCCUGAGAAGCCCACUUUGACCGUCAGUCUGCCUGUUCAAGCCUGCCCGCCGCCUGCUGUUCAAACUUCAAGGCCCUCCCUCCAGGCUUUGAAUCCUGUGAGCCCGCCGGCGGACAUCGACUGAUUCUUACGGCGCUGCCAUCGCCGUCGGAUUGGAUCGCUUGACCUACUGGCGUCGCAUUGGAUCAACCGCGUUGGACAAUAUUGGGGCGCGUCCCGACUCUUGUUCAGCGGCCGCACCUUGGCAUCUAUUUGGCGCCGGCCUGCUUGCUGCUACUACUGGCGACUACUACGGCACCUUACUGCAUAUGCGCCUUGCGCUUGCGCUUGAUCGGAUUGGAUCUGGAAAUGACUUGAAAACCCUUUUCGACCCCCACGAUACCCUUCCGCCCCCCUCUCCUUCAUCAUGUACGCCGACACCCCGAGACGUUCCAGUCGUCGCCGUCCCGACCUCAACAUCAACACCUCUCCUCCGCCCGCCGCCUACUCGAACAGGCCUGCCGCCGUUGUCGCGUCACGGGGAGAACCUACAACUGCGCCGCCAGUCCCUCAAACACCACCACCAAGUAAUAGGAACAGGCCGCCGCCGCCGCCGCCUACUUCGUCCUCGUCCGUCGCCAAGGGCAAAUCCAACAGUUCUCGGGCACUACGAGGCCCUGCCCUCUCUCGCCAUGCCGACGACUCUUUCUUGGUAGACACUCCCGAUUCGCCUGACAGCUUCGACAUGUCCUCGAAUAAAGAAAACGAUAAUCCCGACCAAUCUCGCCCCCGCGACUCCCACGAUCUUUCAUUGUCCCCGCGAAACGUUACGCGCGACUCCCUCAUGGCCAACAUGCUCAUGUCUCUCGACCAAUUCUCCAUGGGUGGCCCAGUCGGUGGCCCCUUUGGCAGUAGCCCGCCAAACAUGCAUGACGAGCCUUCCCAGCAGUACCAAUACGAUACCGACGGAGACGGUUUCUCUAGAUCAGUGCGAGGUGGCCGCGCCGGACACACAUACUCCUACAGCUCCGACUUUGACGCCGACGAUGCGAGCAGAAUAUCCUCACGGGGUAGGAGGAGCAACAGUAGUUCCAACUUCCAACCUGGUCUGCACCGCAUCAGCAGUAUGCGGGAACCGCUGCGAAGCACUGCCAAUUCCCAACGCCACAUGCACUCUCGAGGUGGGAAGGGAAGCACAAAGAGUAGCAGCUCCAACAGCAUUGAUGCCGGCUAUGCUCAAGUUCUCAGUAGCACAAGGUGGGCUUCCGGCUUCGGUGGCAGAUCCUCGAGCUUCGACUAUGGUCACCGCCCGCCAGCCCUGCAGGCCACACAACAUCAAGCUCAAGCGAACGGAGCUCCAUGGCACAUUGAAUUCUCCAACACCUUUUUCACCGACGAUUACGAUGCCGCGCCGACGCCCACGGUGCCUGGCGGGCCCCGACGCAUGAUGCCGCCCGUGACCCCCCCUGCUGCGACCAUUCCACAACAGCCCAUGGCCGCAUCCACGUCCGCAGCCGCACAUGCACCAUCGACUGUGGCUGUGGAGCCAGCCGAACCGCCGCCCAUUGUCCUCGAACGCAAACGGUCGAGUCGGUCCGCUAAAAGCACGUCGACAUCCCGCCGAGCGGACAACAACAACAAGUCCAGCACUCCACGAGAAGAAGUGCCCCCAAUGCCUUCAUCUGUUCCGGUAUCUUCAGCUGCGCCAAUAUCGUCGCCAGCAACCGCACCCGUCACGGCAUUCGAGUCUGAGUCGGCACCCGCGCCACACGUGGGCUACGGCAAGACAAAAGAGCCCGUGCACGCAGCUACAAUUCCGACACAAGCACCGUCGCAGCAAACAAAAGAAAAACCGGGGUUUUUCAGGCGAGUCUUCGGCUCGUCUAGAAGCAAUGCCUCCAACAACCCGCCCGAGACGCAAAAUUCCACAGGCAUAACGUCGUCAACAUCUGUGGAUUCUGUUGAUCAGAGGUCCGGGAACCGAUCUCUACACGUUGCCAACCAGAUGAAGCCAUCCGCCCCCGCCCCGCCCUCGAGGGAUACAUCUUCGUCCCAUUCUCAUCAUCACGUGCUGCAAAAGAAACCGAGCUCCUUCUUUCGUCGCAGAAAGAAGUCUGUGUCCGCCGAUGAGGUCCCUCCUGUGCCCGUUGCUGCAACUCUCGAACCGCCAAUGCCCCCUCUAGUGGCCCCGAUCCAGUUGCCCAUCACCAAAGACAAGCUUUCUGCGAAACCAGAGCCCAGCCCAAUCAGCAGUCUGCGCAGGGUUAUGAACCCGUACCUUAAAGGCAGCCCGGUGACGCCAAAUACGCCCUUGACACCCCAACCUGCCCCCGUGCAACCUGCCUACUCCGAAAUGACCUCCGAUCCCGCUCCUGCUUCAAACGGCGAGAGGGCCGAAGAACAACCACGAUCCUUCUCCCCCGAGUACGACCCGAGUCCUAAUGCACGGAUAAGAGAGGUCCGCUCAGGAUCUCGUGAUGAUGACGAUGACUAUCAUCCAGAGCAUGAGCGCCGGACCGAUACGCCCACUAGACCGCCCCCGGAGCCUCCCAUAUCGUCCGAAAAGCGAAACAAUUCCUUCCUCGAUAUCGAUGGCAGUGACAAUGAGGCAGACACCGAGUCGAAGCGAGGCAAGACAAAGAGGGAUAGGAGCCACAAAUCUGGCAAGACGAGCAAAGAGCCGUCCCCGUCCCGCAAGGGGACCUCAGACCGAAAGGAUGAUACCAUUAGAGGCAGGAAGAACAACAGACUCGCGGUCGCCCCAGCAGACUCGGAUGAUGAAGGCAAUAAAUCAACACUAAUUUUGCCAAUGGAGGGUACUAGGUCUGCCAGCCGAGCUUCAGGGUCCACCACCACCGAGUACAAGUCUGCCAUGAGCGGCACCCCUAGCGUCCGAGUCGAAACCACAGAGAAUAGCCCCAAGGUCCUUGGCACAUUUGAGGCUAUGAGCACCAAGCCUCUGGAUGAGCCCGACUUCGUCGUUGGAGACCCAACAGAAGACGACCGCCAAAAGGCCCAAAAGAUCUAUGAUGGUAACGAGGACUUCAUUCAGAAGGAGAAGGCCGCUGCAUGGAUGGGUGAAGAAGGCCCCGUCCGGCAGAGGACUUUGCAAGCGUACAUGGAUCUGUAUGACUUUGCCGACAAGAGCAUUCUCCAGAGUCUCCGCUUGAUCUGCGAGCGCCUCGUCUUUAGAGCAGAGACACAGCAGGUUGAUCGUAUCUUGGUUGCCUUUUCCAAGCGUUGGUGUGAUUGCAACACCAACCACGGAUUCAAGGCAUCCGACGUCAUUCACACAAUCUGCUACUCAAUCAUGCUGCUCAACACUGAUUUGCACCUGGCUGACAUCGAGCACAAGAUGACGCGGAGUCAGUUCGUCAAGAAUACCAUGACUACAAUCACUCAGGCGGUGAUUGAGGCGGCCCCUGAUGCGUUUGAGCGGCCGACCAUUUUACCGGGUAAAUCCAACAGCGCUCUUGGAGGCGACGAUUCCAGACCGUCGAUCGAAGAGCGGUUCGUUUCGCGCCGACUGUCGUUCCGACCGCCGCCGAGAAACGAGGGAGACGGGUCCGGAGACCACUGCCACGACGAAUGCGGGCCCUUGGUCAAGUCACCAUUCGACGGUUCGAUGCGAGCCUGGGAAAGCCAGGUCGAAGUGGUCCUCAAGGACAUUUACGCCUCGAUCCGCGACGAACGAUUGCCUCUCUUCGGUGCCGAUCCGUCCAAGAAUCUGGCGCCCAACACCCAGAGCGGUCUCUCUGUUAUUGGUAUGCUGAAGCGAACGCCUAGCGUUCUGAGUAAGGCCCCGUCUGAGAGUCAGGCAUCUAUGCGUGGGCGCAUAGCUGAAAAUGGCCGUGCCAAUUCUUCCAGAUGGAAUUCGAAGAGCAGGUCACGACCUCGUAUGGGCAAUCCGGGCUUCUCUUCGUCGCGAACGAGCUUCGAGGACGGAAAUUCCAUUUGGAGCCCUACAAUAUCAUCGGCAACGUGGAGUAAGCUCUCGCUGGGCCGAACGCAAACAUCGAUGUCUGUGGAUUCGCUCAGCUCGUCAUUCCGUGGAGGCGACUAUCAACAGUCCAUCGGAUUUGCCAACGCCCUUAGCCAGGCCGUCAUCCGUGACGAUGAAUCCUGUCUCGGGAAGGAGCCGUCCAUCAUGAGUGACGAACUCAAACCCGCGCAACUCCUCGACGACGAAUCGCUCGAGCUCGCCGGUCCUCCGUGGGUAAAGGAAGGCAUGGUCAUCCAUAAGCACCAUCUUGACGGCAUUGAGAAAAAGGCCAAGGACCGUCACUGGAACGAGGUCUUUGCCGUCAUCCAAAGAGGCCAAAUGAGUAUCUUUUCCUUUGGCACUAACAAGACAGGACGCAAGGGCCGCAGUCGCAAUGCAACAAAGGGCCCGGCCAUUGUGGGAGGCGGCAACUGGCAGGAAAAUGCCACUAACCUGGGCACCUUCAGCCUCCGACAGACUCUAGCAUCUACUCUGCCACCGCCUGGUUACUCGAGAGCUCGCCCUCACGUUUGGGCCCUCAGCUUGCCCACGGGCGCUGUUCACCUAUUCCAAGUCGGAACCCCCGAGAUUAGCAAAGAAUUCGUCACUACAGCCAACUACUGGAGCGCGCGCUUGAGCACACACCCUCUAGUCGGCGGCAUCAGCAACAUCGAGUAUGGCUGGAGCGACGCCAUCAUUAACAACGCACUGGUGACGGCUAUCAACGAACAAACCGUGGGACCGGCGACUGGGCGCCAGCGCUCUAACUCAAGGCCCGGAAGCAGCGCCGCCGGAAACCCUCGACCUAGUAUGUCGAGCUUCCGCUCAGCUGCUUCACUCGACCACGGCUCCGGAGGCCCUUAUAGCUCAGCCAGCCGCGGUAAUAAGCUGCCUGGUGACAGGAUCCAUGUCGCCGAGUGGGCGCCACCAACACAGAGCAUGCGGCCCAGCAACCUACCAGAAGAGGAGCAGCUCGAAAGUCUCCUUGCCUACGUCAAGGGCAUCGAAGAUGAACUUCAGACGCACAAUCAGCUUCGCAGCCCGAUGCUGCUCGCCUUCACACCCCGUGGCAACAACGCCGUUCGCGCCAUGACAAACUGGGAGCGCAAGAGUGCCUACCUCCUACGGGAGAUUGUCAAGUUCAGGACAUAUGUCGACUGCUUGCAACAGGCUGAAACGCGCAAGACUGAAAUCUACGGAGAGAGAGAUUUGGCUCGCAGAGCCGCGAGGGGAGAGUUGGAUGAGGGAGAGAUUGAAUUCGACGUCGAACGAGACACGCCAAUCAGGACUUAGAUGGACUUGGUGCAUACACUAUGCUACGGAGAACGAGGACGGGGGUGUUUGGCAGGGAAAACAUGAGCGGUUCACGCGCGCGCAGAGAGCCGAGCCCACGACGAUAUGACCACAUUGGACUCUAGGAGUUUGAGUUUGGGUGGGCGUGUUUUGGGUGUUGGUUUUGGCACACACAUCAUCUUUUGUUUUGUCUUGUCUUUUUUGUUCACUUCUUUUUAUUUGUACAAACACAGUUUGAUACCCAGACUUUUGUCAACGAGCCCGCUCCCACGAGGUUGUCUACCGUUCGACGGCAGGGAGCCGCGGGGAGAGGGGUCAUUUUUUCUACUUCACAGUGGCUUCGGGUGUUUCUCUCAUUCCGUCUGGUGGGAGAUGUGCCUUGCCUUUAUAAUAGAUAGGGAGGGGUUUCAUCAUGACACGGAGGUCCGGCGGUCUCGCUGAGCGAGGGAGUUUUGCAAACACAACACGGCACAACACGGCCUUGCUCGCAUUGGGAGGAAUUGGCUCGUCUCUGAUUAAUGAGGUGUAAAUAGUAAUACGGAGCAGAAGGAUAAGAAAAAAAGAUACAAUGGGGAAA